AUGCUUAUUAUCCCAUACAUCGAUGUCUCUAUAAAUGCCGAUUGGAGUGAUUGGCAGCACUAUCCAAAUGGUCGUCCAAAUCCAAUUUACUCUCAACAAGUUAUUAACUAUGGUUUGGAUGGAGUUAUCAUGGGAUUCAUUACUCUUUCCUCUGCUGGUACAGCAUGCUGGGCAGCUCAACCAACUAUGCCAUGGGAUUGGGCUUUGCCAAUGGCUGAUGACUUGAAAAAAGCAGGAAAAAAAGUAGUUGUAUCUUUUGGUGGUGCUUCCAAUUCCGACAUUUCUAAAAGCUUUACAGUUGACGAGUUAGUGGCUACCUAUAAUCAAGUGAUUAAAGGUUACAAUGCUUACCAAUUGGAUUUCGAUUUGGAGAAUGGUCUCUACAAUAUCGAUAAUAUUUGUGCUGCUUUGAAGCAGAUCGCCGCAACCAAUCCAUCAGUCCUCCUUAGCUUUACACUUCCAACUUUGCCAACUGGACUUGUAGCUGAAGGUAUGAAUAUUAUCACCAAAGCUAAAGCAGCUGGUUUAACAUUCAUAGUUAAUGGUAUGGCCAUGGACUACUAUAUGGAAGAAUUCAAAGACAAGAUGGGUGAAGCUGCUGUCCAGGCAUGUACCAGUAUCAAGAAUCAAUUAAAGACAGUUGAUAGCUCACUCUCUGAUGCUCAAGCAUUUUCAAGAUGUGGAGUUACACCAAUGAUAGGGCUUAACGACGAUUUGAGCAUGUUCACCCUUCCUGAUGCUACCAUGGUUGGUACAUUUGGAAAACAAAACAACAUUUCAUUCUGUUCUUUCUGGAGUCUCAACAGAGAUAACCCCUCUUCAUUCACCUAUGUCGACUUGACCUCAUCUUCAAACCCAGCUCAAAAGGCAUCCGGAGAUUAUUCAAAGGCUUUCGUCAAUGCUCCAAAUAGAAGAGUUGAUCCUGUUCCGAAAAAUAUCAAUGAUAGAUAUGAGGUGUUCACCUAUAAGAAUAUGAAUAUACUUUCAAAUGAUAUAUAUAGCUAUAUUAUAAAUAUACUAUGGAAUAGUUGCAAUAGAAAUGAUAGGAAAUGGUUAAUUUCAUUGGAUUUAGUUUGUUGGCAUUUUCAUCAUCAGAUCAAAUCAUAUAACAAUCAAUUUAGUAUCUCCUACAGCAGUGCAAAGUUUGAGCUAAAGCAGUAUCUUCAAUAUCAUUAUAUGAAUAAAUAUUGUUCUAUAUCAGAUCAACCAGUUUCUUUUGUGGUUAGGAAUUGUAGAGUAGACAAGUUCAAACAGUUCACGGCUCAUCUCUCUCACUAUCAAGGUGGAAGUUAUUGUUUACAACAGAUUAUCGGUGACAAAACAAUCAGCUCUAUCAAAUCAAUUGAUUUGAUCAUUGAGAAAUCGGAUGAUCUAGAUGAAGAGCAAACAGAGAAUCAACAAAUCGAUGGUGGAGCAGACAAUGGCCAAGACGAUGAUGAAAUACAAUACAUGUCAUUCUUGAUAAAGAGCUCAAUUAAGAAACAGAAUCAAAUGUUUGGUGAUGAUAACAACAACAAUAACAAUAACAAUAACAAUAACAAUAACAAUAACAAUAACAAUAGCAACGAAGAAAUCAAUGCAGAUUUGGGUGCACAAUAUGAGCGAUAUCAUUAUAACAAAGAUGACGAUUCAGAUAGAUUUGAAGAUUGGAAACAUCUGGUGGAUACUCUUGAAUUGCUAUGUGUUCAUGCCAAUCAAAGUAAACUGGAGAAUCUAAGCAUUGCAAUAGAGAUUGGUCAGUUCGAUCACUACAACAAGUACGAAUUGAUAUUGGUUCAUCUAUUUUCAUCUGGUUUCUCAGAGUUAAAGUCUUUGACUCUUGGUGGUGCCGGCGGUGGUGAAAACUUUACAACCUGUUUUGUUGUCUAUCCAGAAGUUCUUUUCCCUGGUCUAGCUAGGCUAACCAAGUUGCAAUCAUUGGAACUACGAUUUGACAUGGCUGGACUACAAUAUGAAUCAGAGUCGUUCUUUACUGAACUCCAAAACUAUCUUACCAGUCAAGAUUGUAAACUGUCAUCACUCUCAAUGGAUUAUCCAAUUAGAAGCGAUCAAGAUAAGCAAUUCCUCAGUUUUCUACUCAGCGAAGAAUGCAGACUAUCCACGAUCGACUUUAUUUGGAUAUCACUAAGUGCCUGCUUGCCAAUAAAUAACAGCAAUAAUAAUUUGGUUUUUAAAACCAUUAGAGUGUCAAUUAAAUCUAAAAAUGAAGAAACAUUACCAGCCGAAUUGGACAGUCAGACCACCCCACCAUCAAAAAGUCAUCCAUUUUGGGUUUAG